GCAACGUCGUGAACGGCGUCGGCAGCCAAAAUGUCGGCAGUUUCUUAACUCUAAGCGUACCCUCUGUCAACAUUUGUGAAUCUCCAUCGAAGUCAACAUCGAAUCAGUCAAUAAUUGAAUCGUUGAUGAUGCAUGAUCGAUAUUGGAUUCCCUUGAUACAGUGAUAAAUCGGAAUCCUCGGAAUUGAGAAGGACAUGUGACUAGGCGGGUAUGAUUUUACAGAGACAUUAAAAUGUCCAGUGACAACGAUCAGAUUCCCAAAUCGGGCAAGCGAAAGAAAUUUAUCAUACCUGAUAGCGAAGACAGCGAUGAAUCUAUCGUCCAGUCUUCUAGGAGAAAAAAGACUUUUAGAGUUGUUAGCGAAGAUGAAACAAGUGACGAAGACAGUGAUGUUCAGAGACCAAUUGUUCGAAGACAGAACUACCAAUUCGAUACCGAGGACGAAAGAAGUUACGAAGACAGUAGUUCGAGCGAGACUUCGGAAUGGCAGACAGACUGGAGCAAUUCGUCGGGAUCAGGAGAAAAACUUCCUGUCAAGCGAAAGCUGCUUGACAAAUCAAGAUCUAAAAAGCUGCAAAUAAUUGUAUCCGACACAGAUACGGACACUAGCGAUAAUCAAGUAGAAAAGUGUCCUAUAUGCUUACUUCCGUUUAGAAGGCAACAGUUAGGCACUCCUUCGACUUGCGAGCAUUGUUUUUGCUUAGAAUGUUUAAUUGAAUGGAGUAAAAAUAUAAAUACUUGUCCGGUAGAUCGCCAAACAUUCACAGUAAUCCAUGUUAGAGAUAAACUUGGUGGGCAGGUUACGAGACAUGUCCCGGUGGAGGUGGCUCCUCGCGUGGAGGAUGAACCUCUGGAAGACCCCACAUUUUGCGAAAUAUGUCAUCAGAGCGAUAGAGAAGAUCGCAUGCUGCUUUGCGAUGAUUGCGAUUGUGGUUAUCAUUUAGAAUGCUUGACUCCGCCGAUGAACGAAGUACCAAUAGGAGAGUGGUAUUGUCCAGAGUGUUCACAAAACAGUCAAAACGACGCAGAAGCUGUGGAGAUUGACUUGGACGAAAUCCCUGAUUUAAUGGAGGAGGCUCGCAGACUUGGUGUUUCGUAUGGAAGAACGCGUACUGGUACCGCUCAAGAUUCUCAACCAAGAAUUGUACCUCGUACUAGGCAUACAGAACGUGUUAGAGCUACUAUUCGCAGAAGAAAUAGAGUUUAUGACAGCCAACAACCAACCCAUCAAUUAACAUUUGAUCCAAGCCAACCUUCUACCUCUUCUGGUUUGGAAUCGUUCGGAGACAACAGCCGAAGUCUUUCCCCAAACAAUGCUUCUAAUUCUUUAGGUGCUGGGGAUCGAAACUAUUUUAAUGGAAAUUCUAGAGAUUCUAGAAAGUCUCAAAGAUCUAGAACUAGUUGGAGCGAUUCUAGCGACGAAAGUAUUUUAACAGAAUCUAGAGGACGAACCGACAAUUCGAAUAAUUUCAUAAGUUCUGACAACAGUAAAUCCAAGAGAAGUUCUAGGAAAGGCGGAAGCGCUUUGAGAAAAAAUAUUAGUAGGAAAUCUAAAACUAAAUUGAAGAAGAAGUCGAAGAAGCCUAAAAAAUAUAAAAAGGUUUCUAAUAGGGACACGUUAUUGAGAGAAGUUAGAGUUACGGAAUUUAACGAAGACGGAGAACGGGAAGAAAUUGUAACAUAUGUAAAGGUGGCUCCAGUUAGGCGAAGAAAAGCAAGAAAAAAGAGAAAAUUCGCACGUAAAGCUAGGACCGUAUCCAGUGUUUUAACCAGCAGCAAACAGAGACUUGCAGUAUCCUUGGGUAUUUGCAAGCCAGUAAAAGGUGCUCCAGUUUUAAUACCUAAUGUUAAAAAUCGUUCAGUUCUGACGGAUAGAUCCGCGUUGAACGUUGCCCGAUACAACGCUGGAAUAUCGAGGCUCAGUAUUCUCGGAGAUGGUCUAGACUUGAGUUAUAGUCCACCAGGAUCUGAUAUAGAGGAUUACCAUGGAACCGUUGGAUCCACCAUAACCAUUCAUAGGCGCUCGGUAAUCUCUUCUCGGAGGCACCAUCGUAUAAAAAACAUUGUCAAUCCUCAACCACCUCAAGCCGAUCUUUUAAGCAGCAUAAUGAGCAAUCAAGAAUUCUGGCAUUCAAAGAAUAAUAAAAUAAGUUUAAAAAGUAACGGUCUUCUCAUGGCUGAGAAGCAAGAAGACUCUGACAAUUUAAAGAAGAAAAACGCAGAAAAGGAGAAAUCGUCCGAUGUGAUAGAAACGGCUUCCACGGUGGAAGAUAGAGUUUCUAGAACCGACACACCGUUGGAAAUAUCCGGGAUCGAUUCGGAACUGAUCACGCAGGCCCCGAUGUACAACAAUCCUUGCGGAGGCGGGAACAGAGGCAACUUCAGAGGCGGUUACAGAGACAAUACAAGGCACAGCCACGGAGGUCAGAAUUACGGAAGGGAUUCUUUACCUGGAAACGGUAGACACAGUUACGGCGGAAGCGGAAGUAAUUUUGGUAGAGAUUUUGGACCGCCUGCAUUUUACAAUCCGAAUUUCGAACACUGUGGGCCGCCGAUGUUCGGAGGCAAUCCUCCGUUUAGAAAUCGAAAUCCACAACACUUUAGAAACGAAAGAUUCCGCUUCAUGCCACCGGGAAGACCUCCGUUCAAUUUCACCGAAGGUUUCGAGCAUCAUUCCUUUCCCGAAAGGUUCAAUCGGCCCAGAUCCCCGCAAGCUUCUGUCGAACGACCUCAAAGUAACAUGCCGGCAAACUUGCCGGAAGAUACGUCGGGAAAUCAGUCCACGGAACAGCAACCGCAAGACACGGAAAACGCUUCCGUCAGGCAAGAAGAGGAUUGUGAUAUCUAUUGUGAUAUCGAGACGAAAUCCGACGGGGAGCUUCAGGAUCAGCAAAAUGGCUCGGUGGCGUUGUUGCCUCCGCCGGAACCGCCAUCGGGUCUCUUAGAUUUUGAAGAAAAUUCCAGAAGCGACAAAGACAGCGACCAGGAAUUAGUUAUCGACGACAGUCAAAAGGAAGACACUCCAAAGAACGAUAAGUACGAUCCUUUUUCCGUGGAUAGUGACAGUGAUAGUGAAGUAAAAAAGAACGAAGAGGUCGCGGAAGAGACGAAAGAAGAGAAGGCUGUGGAAAGUGUCGCGCAACCCGAAGUUCCGGACACGUUGGUUCGUUUAUCGGUUUACGACGACGACGAUGACGAGGACUCCCAAGCGGACUGUCCAAAUUUCUCUGUCUAUUCUUCCCAAACAAUGGACGUGGCACGGCACACCGAGCAACAAUUGUCGCAACAAAUAGGACCCCUCGAGCCACCGCCUCUUCCACCCUCGAUUCCAGACGAUGAUGACGUGAUCGUCGGCGAUGUCCAAGCUUGCGAUCUAGCCGAUAUUCCGGAACCAUCGGAUCCAUACGUCGAAUCGUUGCGGAAAGAGAGACAGACCUUGAGCAAAAUCCCGCCAAAGAAAAUUUCCCACGACAGCAGGGGAAAGAUUACUUUCAAAAUCGGUAGUAAAUUGAAAAUUAACAACAGAUUGUUGGAAUUACACGAGGAGGAAAAGGAGGACGUGCAGGAGAGGAAGAAGGAACCUGAGCAAGUGAAGGAGGAAGAAACCUCCAUCGAUCGCGAGGAAGAGCGGAAGAAAAUUACCAAGAGCAAAUUUGAAGAUGAUAUGCAAUUGGAAGAAAAUAAAGAGGAAGCGUCGAAAGAAUUGUUGAUGUCGGUGAAUCCUCCGGACGUCAAAGAGAAAGAUGUGAACGAACAGAAGGAGGAAGAACCGGCAGAGGUUUCUGGUAUCAACGUGACGGAAAAAAUCUCGGAAAUAGAAGUUCCUACGGAAGUGAUUCAAUUGUCGCCCGCUAAAUUGGAAAAUGAGUUGAGUAACGAAUGCCUCUCUGUGCCAACGUCCGAGGAAGACAGCGAAACGUUUGCUUCGCUUCCGAAAAUCUCAACGAUUAAGAUCAACGAAGAAUGCCCGUCGGAGGCCACAAAAAUCGAGGAGGAUCGUAGCGAAGCGAAUGUUAAAAGUUCUGACGACACAGAGAGUAAAAAAGACGAGAAGGAACAGCGUCGAAUCGGCGAGGAAGACGAAGAUGAGGACGAAGAAGACGAGGACGAGGAUGAGGAAGACGAGGAGGAUGAAGAAGAGGAGGAAGAUGAGGAAAAUGAAAAGGAAAAGGAGAAAUUUCCUAUCGAGAAGGAAACGUUGGUCAAGGAAAAUGUAGUCGAAGAAGAAAUUGCUGAUCAAAACAAUUGGGAAUCCGAUGGAGCGUAUACGCCGUGUAAAGACGAACUUCCUCUGAAAGAAUCCAAAUCCUCGUCCGAACAAUUGCCGCCUCUCGAAAGUGGUUUAGAGCCGAUCACACCAACGAAAGACAAACUGGACGAUUUCGACAGUUGCAGAACUCCGGUAGACUAUAACGUUUUGGGUACGGAAGCUAUUUCGGAGACGGACGAAGCAAUGAACUUCGAGGACGAAUUAACUUUGUUGACGUUGCGUAAGGAAAAGGAAAUGGAAGAUGGAGAAAUCGUAGAAGAGAAGACUGCGAAGGAGAGUGAUAAAAUUGAGAAAGAAAAGGAGGAGGACAAGAAACGUAAGAAGAAGGAUAAAAAAGAUAGGGGUAAAGACACCGAGAAGAACAAGGAGAACAUUGCCUCGGAGAAUCAAGUAGCAUGGAAGAAACUGUCGAAAAGCACCAAGGAAAGAUCGUACAGGGACAAAGAGAAGAGAUCCAAGUCGAAGGAGAAGGACAAACCAAAGAAAAAAAAGGAAGUAGUCAAGAAGAAAGAGAAACGGAAGGAGUUGCCUAGAUACGACGUUAGAAAAAUAGUUGCAGAGCGACCGUCGAGACCCAGGAAGGACGAAUACGGAAGGGAUAUCAGGGAAAAGUCAAGACAGAGGAGCAGAUCCAGGAGUUGCAGUACAAAACGUUCCAGAUCCUAUUCGAAACUUCGAUCCAGAAGCAGAUCCAGAAUCAGGGUCCAAAGAUCUUGGUCCAGAGAUCGUAGAUCCUAUUCGAAAUCGCUCUCUAGAAGAAGAUCGCUUUCUCGAGGCAGACGCAAAUCGCCGAAGAGAAGAUCGACGUCCAGAAGACGAUCGAGAUCCGUUUCGCGGAAACGACGAUCUUUGUCGAGGAAAAGAUCCAGGAGGUCCGUAUCGAGGUCGAAAAGAUCGCUCUCGAGAUCCAGACAGAGAAGAUCGCUCUCGAGAUCCAGAAGAUCUUUGUCCAGGUCGCGCGACAGACGCAAAGAUAAGAAGAAGUAUAAAUCUCGCAGUCGAUCGAGAAAUCGAAAGAAAUCGCGGUCGAAAUCGCCCAGAAAAUCAUCAAAGUCCAGAGAACGGAAAGUGUCGAAAAGGAAAGCGCAAAGCAGGUCGAGAUCGAGGGUAAGAUCGUGUUCCAGAAACUGGGAACAAGUCGAUAAGAUCGUGGAACAAGAUUUCUCGCGACAAAGGGAGGAACGAGACUCGUGGAGCGCUCAAUGGACGCCAUCUUGGUCGAGAUCUAGAUCGAAAACGCCUCAGCACGUGCAACAGGAACCAAUUCCAUCCAGAGAAUGGUCCCCGGUGCUGGACAACGUUGCCGUGCCACCAAAAAAUCUCACAGUAAUCCUAACGAACAAGGAAGCCAUCAAGAAGAAGAAGAAGGAGCGCAGAAAAGAGGGUAAAAAAACGAAAGACGAGAAAAAGAGGAAAGGGAAACGGAACAGGACCCCGCCACCGUCGAAAGAAGUUUUCGCCAGCGGUGACAACAUUUUGGUCAGUGUGUGUUUCAACAAGGAUAACGAAAACAUACAGACAGGUGUACCGGAACUUCCGGAAACGAUUCCCUUGAUUCCUCCAUUGAAACGUCGCCGUAGAGAGCCCCUUCAGGCCGAGCCACCGAAACGUUCCAAGAAGGAGAAAUCGAAAGACAAACGUUCCAAGUCACCGAAGCCCAAAAAGGAUAAGAAGAAGAAGUCGAAAGCAGCUGAGAUAGCGGCCACGAAGAAACCAGUGGCCGUGAUCGAUUUGGAUCAAUCUCCGUUCAGGGAACAGACACCGUCCCCGAGGGACGUUAUAGUUCUCAGCGACGACGAUGACAAACAGGUGCAACAGAUCACCCUGGACCAGUGUCAACCCUCGCAGAACACACCGCAGAGGGAGCAGUUUAUUUCUCAAGGUCCGAAAACGCCACCGGAACCGCAAAUCAAAUUCUCGAUAAACAAACAGACCAGCAAUCUGAGACCGUCGAUGUUGAAUCCGCUGUUGGACGAGGAGGAGGAGGAAGAGAUGGACGAAAGAGUCGAGGAGGAAUUGGAGAUGAGGGCGCAGGAGGAGUUGGAGCUCAGAUUGAAAAUCGGACCUAACACGCCGCCGGAACCGCCGACCUCGCCGCCCACCAGCCCGGACGCGUACGAUCCGUUCGAUCCGACGAAAUCUAGAUCGCCGACGCCGGACGCUAGCCAAGAGGCGAACUCCGGCGACGAGAGACGGAGAUCGCCGCGGAAACACGACUCCGUGGACGGGAACAUACUCGAGGAAGAAAGUGUACAGAAACAGGAGAGGCAGAGUCAGGAGAAACAACUGGAGAAGCCGAAGAUUAUUUCUAUGGUGACGAUCAAGAGGGCGGCGUCCCCGCAGAGGGACGAUGCGAGCGAAAACGAGAACAACAAGGACACCGCGGCCUCGACCGGUAACUUGGAGGCGCAACAGAAUCAACAAAAUGUACAGAAUCAGAACAAUCCAUUCGGUGUAAUAAAUCCCGUGCUGGCGACUGUGGCCGCGGCGGUGCAAAGAAGCGGAGUUUUCAAUGCCUCGAAUUCCAACAGCGGUCAGCGGACCUUGUUGCAGUCGAAUCGUAUCUCGCCGAGCAAUCAACAGAAGCAACGUUCCGGCGAUCGUUCCCAGGCGCCGGCGACGUUCGUUAAUUCGGGGAAACCGUCGAGGAGCAACAAGUCUGGACAAACGAAAAGCAACGGGCAAAACGGUAACGAUCCUGGCGCGGAAACGGUGGACAAUGUUGAUAUGUCCUCGCCGUAUUCGCCGGGAUCGACGCUCAGCGAUGGAAUCUUUGAUCCGCCGAGUCCUCCGAACUUCAACGGUUCGCCUGGUACCGGAACAGGUGGAGGAGGUGGAGGAGGCGCCGGGGGAACCGUUGGAUCGCAACCCACGAAAACCAGCGGUUCGAAAACGGCAAAGAGUACAGAGAAAAAGGACCCCUUCGAUGCUCUUUUCAGUACUAUACCCAGUACAAAGACUGCCAAUAAAUCAACUAGGAACAAGAAAUCAGACAAAGAUAAAAAGAAGAAGCCGACAAAUCCAAAAGUUGGCGUAAGGAUGGACGAGAACCAGCUUCAAAUAUUGGACGAUCUUCCAAGUUCUGCCGUCGAAAUGCAAGUCAAGGAUAAGUUCCUAAAGAAAUUGAAUCGUCAAGAGCGAGUGGUAGAAGAAGUGAAAUUAGUACUGAAACCACACUAUACGAAAAAACAUGUUACAAAAGAGGAGUACAAGGAUAUUAUGCGAAAAGCAGUACCCAAGAUAUGUCACAAUAAAACGGGAGAGAUCAAUCCAAAAAAAAUCGCCCAUUUGAUAGAAGCUUACGUCAGAAAAUGCAGAAACAGCAAGAAGAAAACUUCUGAGAGCUCUUCUGCGAAGGCCUCUAAACCCGCGAAAAUCUUGUGGAGUUGAUCACGAGUCAGUUAGGUGUCUGUUCAAUUCCCUUCAAUUUCGUAGUUCAGGCGAUCGUCGUGCUCGAUGAGCGGUGAGUGAGCUUCGAGACAGCUAGUCUCCUCCUCGAUGAUGCGAUGUAUCUUGUAUUCUGUGUAAAUACGUAAUUAAUUCAUUAAUUGGUCGAUUGGUUGAUUGGUCGAUUGGUUGCUUGCUUGAUUGGUUGAUUGAUUGAUCGAUUAACUUAUAAGAGUAUCAUUUAUUAUUUAUAUAAACAACACCCUUUAUCUUGUCAGGGAACCC